GAUGCUGAGGUCAGAAGGGCCAGCCUGGCCGGGAGCCCAGCCAGUCCUCCGGCCACGGACUGUGGGGGAGGGGAGGCCAGGCGCCACGCCCCCCUUCCUGCCCUGCCAUCAUUUGUCCCCGCAGACAGGUCUGCCAGCCGCCCUAUCCCCGGCACAAAGCACCUCUGUUCUCCUGGGUGGUCUCACAUCUGGGACUGGUUACCUGCGAGGUGGGGGUCCAGGCAGAGACCGGAGGGUCCCGAGCAGCCGGGCAGGGCAGUGGAAGCCCGGAAGCCCAUGGCCGACCCCCUCGACGUGUGGCCCAGGGCCGGGCUCAGUUUCCUCAUCUGUGUACCAGGCCUCCCCAGGAUGUCAGGGGUCAGGGGGUCAGUGCACAGUCAGGGCUGGGAGCCAGGGACUCCCUGGCCAGGUGGCUGCAGGGUCUCCUCUCUGUGACCUCCCCAGCUUUGAGAUGGCCGUGAGCAGCUACGGUCGCCCUCUUAGGUGGGGCCCCAAGAGAAGAGGGCCCUGCCCGGGUCAGGCAGCUCUGGGGUGCAGCCCUCAGCUCUCUCCUGUGCCCCGAGGCUUCCAGAGCAGUUCACCUCAAAGUGGCGAGGCUGCCGCCCAGCACGUGGACAGCCAAACAGACUCAUAUGUGACCAGGCCACCCAUAGGCGUCGGGCCACCCAGCUGAGCGUCCAGGCCUGGGCCAGCUGCCUACUGGGGCCCGGCUGUGUCUUCGGCUUGGACCGCCGUCCAAGAGGUGCCGUGCGGUCCUGCGCGGAGUCCUAGGCCCUGGAGCUGGCGCAACGCUUCUCCCCUUCUGGAGUGAUCUCUGUGCUCGGGCCUCUCCAGGCCAGGCCUGGGGCCCCUGCACACUGGCGGCAAAGUGCAGGGUUGCGGUGGGUGUGGGGGCUCUCUGACAUUCUCAGCCUGGAGGGUCUGCCCACUUAGGAGGACGGCUGGGCAACCUCAAACGCCAGGACUCUGGGGCCUCGACCCUGCUCUGGCCCUGUCGUCCUGCUGUGUGGCCUCGGGCACUUACGGAGCCUCUCUCCCACGUCCCUGUCUGUGAGCGGGGCGGUGUUUAUAUGGAGCCGAGGACAGCAGCGCUCGCAGGCGGCGCUGGACUCAUACAGGGAGCGAGAGGAGCCCGGAGCUGGCGCGGGGCCCGGCCUGCCCUGACCACCGGGCUAUGCGCACCUCCGUCCGUGGAGCUACUCGCUCUGGGACGCUGCCUCUUGGGAACCCCCAGCUCCCUGCCGGGGGGCCGCCCUCCCCGAGUGGGGGCCUGGCCAGGCUGGUCACUCUGCCGCCCGGGGCCUGCUUCCAGCCACACUGAACGGGCGGCGCGGUGAUCGGGCGCGGCCUCCACAGGGCGAGAGGUCACGGCUGCAGCUGGGGGCCCGUGUGGGCCGCGGAGCCCAGAAACUUCGAUGCUCUCAGGAAGGAAAACAUUUACGAGAACAACAAGCUGGCCUUCCGCGUGGCGGAGGAGCAGCUGGGCAUCCCGGCCCUGCUGGACGCCGAGGACAUGGUGGCUCUGAAGGUCCCCGACCGGCUGAGCAUCCUGACCUACGUGUCCCAGUACUACAACUACUUCCAGAGGGGCGCCCCCGCUGAGCGCACGGCCGGUGUCAAAAGGCCGCCGUCCGAUGCCAGUGAGGAGCCGUCUGGAAAGAAGGCCCCGUCCCAACUCACACCCAGCCCGGCCCGGGGACAGCCACUGUCUCCAGUCAGCACAAACCGCACGGUCCAGCGGAGGGAUGGGGGCACGGAGGGUCCCCCGCAGAAGGCUGGCCAGGCCGCGGGGGGCUCCCUCAGCAGCAGCUGCGGCGUCUGUGGGCAGCACGUGCACCUCAUGCAGCGCCACCUGGCGGACGGGAGGCUGUACCACCGCGGCUGCUUCAGGUGUAAGCAGUGCCCCAGCACGCUGUACUCGGGGGCCUGCAGGGCCACAGGAGAGCCCGGCGUCUUCGUCUGCUCCAGCCAUCACCCCGAAACCACCUCUGCCAGCCCCACGUUGCCCAGCCUGGCCUCCAAGCGGCCUGGGGCCAUGUCCGGGGACCCGGAGACCCCUGGAGGCCUGAGGAAGACGCAGGAGGCGAGUGGACAGAGAGACGCGGGGCCAAAGGCCAGGCCGCCCGGCUGGGAUCCCGCGGCAGGCAGCGCGUCUGCCAGAGGUUCCGCUCCAGCUUCAGCCGACCCGCCAGCCCCCAUUUCAUCCCGAGUCCCCGUGGGGAGCCCAGCUGCGCCCAGGCUCAUGGCGGGCCCCGCAGGGGGUGAAGCCAGAACUCAUGUGACCAGCAGCUCCCUGACAGUAUGGCCAUCGCCAGCAGGCAGACCCCGGCCCACCGGGACCCUGUGUGCCCCGGACCCUUGCCCAGCCACACCGCAAGGCUGGGCCACACCCCGAGUCACAGCCCCCCAGACCAAACUCAGUUUUAGGCCGGCAUCUCCAGUGCCAGGAAGCACCCCGGCCUGGACCCCGUCAUCCUCUAAGACCCAGCAGGCUCGGGAGCGGUUCUUCCAGACCCCCGGAGCUGCCCCCAGCCCUGGCCCGCCCGCUGCAGAUGCGCCCUCCAUGGACGGCCGCAGGGAGCAGGCGCUGAGCUUCCUCCGCAAGGCCCUCCCGGAGCUCGGGGCGCCCGGCAGAGCUGGAGGCCCCGGGAACGAGCGCCAGAGGGCCCCCACCGCCGCCACCCCUGCUCCCAGCUCCCAUCCCAGAUCUGGGGGGCCCGGAGCCAGUCCACCAGCCAGGGCAUCACAGCCGGCGUCCCCACAGACCCUCAGCUCCCCUACGAGGACGGGGCCUCCCCCGGCCCCGGGUGUGGGCAGCGCCUCAUGGCCAUCCCAGGAGGCCAAGAAGGGCUCAGCUGCCUCCUCAGGGGCCGUCGGGGCCGGUGCUGGCUCCAGGCUGAAGCCAGAGGCCCCGCUGGCCAAGGGCCCGGGCGCCAGCCCCCAGGGUAGCCCGGAGGACCAGCCGGCGGGGUGGAGGGCCCGCCUGAAGCCCGUGGAGAAGAGCCCUGCGGACAGGGCCCCGGAGCCAAAGGAGCCUCAGGUCCUGGGAGAGCCGAGGGCAGGCGACGCAGCUGGGAAGGCGUCCGGGAGCUCCAAGGGGGGCAUCCGGAUCACGCUGACCUCUGUGCGGGUGGACAGGACGCCGGGUGCGGCCGGCCCCGGGGCCAGCCUCCCAGCCGCAUCUGCGUCCGCAUCCCCUCUGAGGAAGCUGGCCGUCCCAGCCAGCCUGGAUGUUUCUGGCGACUGGCUGCAGCUUGAACCGUCAAGGAAAGAAGGCCCUGCCCAGAGCCAGAAAGAGGAGGAGAAAGGUCCUCCUCAAGGCAAACCAGGGAGGCCGCCAGGCCCCGCCGGUGUAGCCGCUCUGCCUGCCAAGUCGGCAACCUCCCCAGUCACGCUACACCCCGACUACAUGCCGCCCGAGAUCCAGCGGCAAGUGCAGGACAUUGAGAGGCAGCUGGACGCCCUGGAGCUCCGGGGCGUGGAGCUGGAGAAGCGGCUGCGAGCGGCCGAGGGGGAUGACUCGGAGGAUGCCCUCAUGGUGGACUGGUUCCGGCUCGUCCACGAGAAGCAGCUGCUGUUGAGGCUGGAGUCGGAACUGAUGUACAAGGCCAGGGACCAGCGCCUGGAGGAGCAGCAGCUGGACCUCGAGGGGGAGCUGCGCCGGCUGAUGGCCAAGCCGGAGGGUCUGAAGUCCCCCCAGGACCGGCAGCGGGAGCAGGAUCUGCUGGACCAGUACGUGGACACGGUCAACAACCGCAGCGACAUCAUCGACUUCCUGGAUGAGGACCGGCUUAGGGAGCAGGAGGAGGACGAGGUGCUGCGGAGCAUGAUCCAGAAGCUGGACCUGCAGAGGAGCGGCGAGGAGCAGAGGAAGAAGCCCCGGUUCCGCUUGUCCAGCAUCUGGUCCCCCAAGAGCCGGAGCAGGACCCCCGAGUAGCCGCUUGGCGGCGCUGCAGAACCCUCGUCUGCGGGCCGGGUGGGACCCACGCUGCCCCACUGCGGGGUCGGGGCGCCUCAAUAAAGAAACUGACGCGUG